AUGAAAGCGCAGGAGAUAAACGGGCACAUAAUCGCCCAGGGAAACUACACCCGAAGAGCCUUCCAAACGAACAACAUAAAAAUAAAAACGAGCAGCAUAGUAAGCACCAUCGAGAGCGUCCAACCGAAAAGCACCAACCUGCUAACCCUCAAUGAAAAUUUAAUAUCCAAAAUAAGGAGCGAUGGGUUAGAAAUUAUAAAAAAGGAAGGAGAAAUUUUAGAUGUCAAUUCGAAGAACGUUUGUUACGCAUUGAAAAACGGAAAGUUCCGUUUGAUCAAUCAAAAUGGGAUCAACACGACGAGGAUAAAGCUCCCCUACGACAAUGAGGUGGUUUAUGUGACGUUUAAUAAGGAGAAUGGGAACUGUUUGCUUCUCCUAGACGUUAAGGGGCAUUUAUAUGUAUACAGGAUUAAUGAAUACAAAGUGGAGUUGAUCCUCUGUUUGAAUUUCCCCCCCUACCAGAAGAAAUCGUCGUCGUGGACCUCUUUGUCCUCUUCCAACAAUGUGGGGGUUGCAAAUACGUUGAAGAGUGGCUUCCCUCUGAAGGCCAGUUGGCUACCCAAAAGUGAAAACUUCUUUCUAACGGGGCACAACAACUGUUUAUACAUUUGGAACAUUUCUUUGCUGACUAACGUGAUGGCUGCGAACAAGUGGAAGGACGAGGUGGAUGUGACCGACCAGUUGGUGGCCGGGUGCGCCGUCACGCUGCCCUUCGAACCGAUCAUGCGCAGGUACAGUUACGUAGCCGCUAAGGGGGAUGGAAGUCAAUCGGGUGGUGAAGCUGGCAACCCGUCGCACGCCGCUGAUGAGAAGACGCGGCUGAACACCUACUGCAUGAGCCUCAAUGGGAAGUACCUCCUCGCGCUGUUGAACAAUCGGUACGCCGUCAUCUGGGAGCUGCAGCGCAGCGGCCCGGGAAUCAGUUUCACCCUCGUGGGUUUCAGCUCCCUCCAGAGGGAGUUGCAGAGGGUUAAGGCGACGCUGCAGGGUGGGGACGGCGCAGCGGAGGAGCGUUCAGCAGACCAUUCGGUGGACCACCCAACAGACCACUCAGCAGACCAUUUAGCAGACCACUCGGUGACGCUCCCACCCAGUGGGGCGAACACCCAAAGCUGCGCCGACGUGGAGAUAUCCUCCGUGCACAUACUGAAUAGCUUCUUCCAAGCCAACGAGGGUGGUGAAGGAGCAAACCAGAGCACCUACUACUUGCUCGUUUUCCACAGCGCGUGCUGCAUAUCUGUUUUUCCCUUUAAUAAUAAAAGCGGCCCCAGCGGAGGAGACACAACGGAACGUAUUGACAUCCUGAGGGAGUGCAGCGUACAAAAUAUUUUUGUGGAGAGAAACCACGUGAAUAUAGAAAAUAUAGAACUGUUUGUGGACCCUUCGGAGUUCUUUGUCUUUUUUAACAUCUCCUACCGUACAGGUGCCUCCAACUCAGCGGACAACAGUAGGAGCCUCAUCUUCAUUUUCGAGAUUUUUAAUAAAAAGAGACUGGACUUUAAAAUACACCCCAAAUAUUUGCACCUCCCUAAUGAUACCAUCUUGCCCCUCUGCUCCAUCAGACUCAUCAAAACGAACGACUGCCUUAAAUUUUCCAAAGUUCUAAACGUUUCUGUGUCUUCGUCUUCAUUAAAUAUAAUUAACCUUUUUAUGUUUUCCAUUAUUAUUAAUUCUUCGAAGAAGAGCGUGAGCGUGCAGUCGUUUUCAGCGCCCAUUCCGCUCCUCAUGGGGGACGUUUGCGGCGGCGGCGGUGGGGAGGGCUCUCCCGAGGGGGAGAAGCGGGAGGGAGAAGCAGACAAUGAAGAAGCGAAACGGGAAGAGGAGCCAAACAGUGAAGAAGCGAAGCGGGAAGAGGAACCAAACAGUGAAGAAGCGAAGCGGGAAGAGGAACCAAACAAUGGAGCUGCCCCUUCCGCUUCCCCCCCCUCGGCGCACCCUGGCGGGAAGACCCAACCGGAUGGCAUCCAAACGGAAAAGGAACAAACUGUCAACAUACAGAACAACAUAGCUCACUAUGAGGAGUUCCUAAACGCGAUAAUGACCACGGGGGUGGGAAGUCAGCAGACACCCGGUGCAGGGACAGGCAGGGGGGCCAUAACGGGUCUACUAGAAAACGCCAACGGUGGGCACCAAAGUCAAAGGGAGGUUACUACUCUACCGGGUGGCAGUAGUGGAGACGCCCUCCAGCCGAUGAGUAAAAGCGAAAUGGCAUUUCUCGCUUCGAUCAAAAGGAGAGGGGUCGACGCGGGGGUAACAGAAGAGGGGGGAGUAACCGUAGGAGCAUCUACUGCUAUAUAUAAUGCCACUGCGGAAGAGGCGAACCUGCGAAGUGACGAAGGGCGUGUGAGCGUAAGAGAGAGGCUAGGGGAUCUCCUGGGCAGGGGCAGCAGUGACGGUGAAGAGGCGGCCCAGGGAACUCAGGCACCCCACACACCCCACGCAGCCCACUUAGCGGAAGAAGGAGCCGAUGCAGCAAAGAACCAGCUCGCGGGUCACCCCGAAAUGGAGCAAGUGAAUGUUCCGACAGGCGAAGGGCACACGGGGGAGCCACUGGAGAUGGCGCGGAAGGUGCUUGAGGGUGGAAGGGAUGCCUCCAUUGUUAGGGGCACCAUUGUUAGGGGCACCAUUGUUAGGGGCGCCAAUUUGCACGUGGAGGAGACCCCCCCGCAGAGCGCAAACCGCGUUAUAGAAAUGCCAACCAAAGAAGUGGUCGAAAAAUUGGAAGAAGUGGCAAGCACGAAAAGACCAGCGCCAACGACGUCGCAUAGGAGCAGCAGAAAUGAGGAGCACACAAAUUCCCUUUUCUUUUCCCCUGUGGAGGGAGGGAGCAGCGCUGCCCCCCAAGGGGAAGCCAACCAGAUAGCUGCCGACAUACCCCUUUUCCCCCACGCUGAGGCGAAGGCGGAAGUUAACGAACAGGAGGAAAAAAAAACCGUCGAACAUAACAGCAACAUUGACAUUAUUAUGUCUACACACGAGGAUGCGCUGAGGCGGUUCAUGGAGUGUGAGGAUGGGGGUGAGCCCAGCGAGGUGGACCACCAGGAGAAGUCAGACGAGGAGAACAUACCCAAAGUGGACACCCAACAUAGCGUUACCGAUGGGGAGGUGGCAGCAGAGAAGGUCCCCCUCGAGGAAGACACACAGCAAAACGAGGUUGGCCUGAAGAAGGAGAAAAAUUUGAACUCCUUUUUGCACAAAUUAGGGUUUUUCAAGAGCAGCCCCUCCACAGUGAGCAACGCCAACCAGGGGGACCCCCUAAACGAGGGCAAAGACGAAACGGAGAAGGAAAAGCAACUGGAGGUAUCACCACCCAAAGGUAAAAAGAAGUCAGAUGAGUGUAGUGAGGUGUGCGAGAUUGGUGGAAGACAGCACUUAACUUCGGAUCCCACAGAAGGAGGAACUACCAUGAUGGGUAAGGAGACCAAACGGAUGGCGAAAAAAGAGGGAAGUGAAAUGACCGGACUGAACAAAUGCCCUAAUAAAGAGAGAGAAGCGGUGAGCGUUAAGGAAGCGUUAAGCAGUAGCUCUCCUGUGAACACUACUGUGGAAGAGCGAACGGGGAAGAUCCCAGACGACGUGCUCAAACAGAUGUGCAGAGAGAUAUGCAGAAAGGUCAGCGACAAGAUGGCAGACAUCGUGUACGAGGAAAUUAGAAGCUCCGGAUUGGCACCCCCGACGAAGGAGCAGCACCACUUGGAAGGAAGCACUCACCGGGGAGGAGUCAAAUCAUUCGACGAAAUGGCAGCCUCGGUUAGCAAUUGCAACAGGAGGAUGAAUGAACUGGUGGAGGAGAUGGCCAUGCUGAGGAACGGGAGCAAAAGUAUGAGCGGCAAGAUACUGCCCAUCGGCACCACGGUGGGGAAGAUCUACGACGCGCUCAAAGGGGGUGGUUCACACAUUGGCGGCGUGGGCUGCGCGAGCUGCGGGGGCGGCCAGGGGGGCCUCCCGCGCGGACAGAAGGCCAGCGGGUAUGAAGCCAAGGUGGAGAAGCUCAUCAGCGAAAUGAGCGCUUUCAAGAAAAAUAUGAAUAGCGUAACGAGCAAACUGUCCGAGACGCUAUCCUGUAUGUCCGAGGAUUUGAAGAGCGCCUUCGCCAAGUCCCUAAAGGGGAACAACGAGCAGUUGAAGCGGUGGGCCUUGCACGAUGUGCGGCAUGGACGUAAGGAAGAAGAGGGGGAGGCUCAUCAAAUGGGUGUCCUCACGGAAAACGGCGUAGACCACCACGUGGACCACGAUAGGGCCACCAUCCAGACGGGAAAGAAAAACACCCCCCCUUUGAACAAAGAUAUGGCCGACUUCUUUAACAGCGCGCAUCAAAACGCAGUAAAGAAAGUCAUGCCCGCUGUCAUCUCUUCGGAAAUUCAAAUUCAGUUUGCCAAAAGUGUUAUCCCCGGGAUGAAGGAGGCCUAUAACACGGGCUUCCAGUCGAUGAAGGAGUCUCUAAAUUCCUUGUUGGUAGAAAAUAGGGAGUGGCUGAGCAAAGAGCUGUAUGCCAUAGAAAAGGCGGUGCUGUGCGAGAAGGGCGGGGGAGCAAAAAGGGACGACGCGCUAAUCUCGAUUAGCAACAAGCUGGAGGAACUGCAAAGCGAAAUGAAGCUUUUCACCUUCAACAUGCACAAGCAGAUUUCGUACCUGCGGGAGGACAUCAACGGGAUUGGGAAGGCCCGCAUGGAGGAGCUGCCCGACGGGGGGGAACUCGACCGCGCGAUGUUGCGCGAGGGGGGAGAAGAAGCGGAGGAGGAGGAGGAGGAGGAGGAGGAGGAAGAAGCGGAGGAAGGAGGAGAAGAAGAGGAGGAUGAGGCCAGCUCCGCGCCGGAGGAAGAACUGGGCCCGCUCAAUGAGCAGCACGGUGACCACCGCAGAGAUCACCGAAGAACCCCCAGCGGGGCGAGGCAGCACGCUCUGCCAAACCAAAGCAGCGUCGAUGAUACCCAAAAUAGAAGCAGCAGCUCCAUCGCGGAGCUAAAGCAAGAGGAGGAUUACCCCCCCAAGCCGCGUAACGACACCUCGGACAUCCUCAUCAAAGGCAGAAUAAACCACCUGCUGAGCGAGCGAGAAGUGAACCAAGCAUUCACGUUAGCCCUCUCCAUAGACAUCGAAAGGAAUACAAAUGCUUAUUGGCUGCUCCAGCUGUGCCAUCGAUUCAAUGUGAAGCACCUCCUCAGUGAGAGGAUGUCUCUAACCCAACCAGUGCUACUAGGAAUAGGCAAAAUAUUAUGUGAGUCUUUUAUAAAAACACCCAACCUAACAAUGGAAGAGGCGGACUUCAGGAUGAAGUGGGUUCAGGAGUGCCUCCAAGAGUUGGACGUAAAUCACUCAGAUUUGGUGAAAACAAAUUCCUACAUUUUUGUGAAAAAUAUGGUAAAUAACAUUUCUGCGUUUAGCUACCUCGUGGGGAAAGAAAUUGGGAAGCUGAACGAUAGCGUUGUGAAUUUGGCCAAUCUGGACCUUAACAAGAGGAUUCUUUUAAAUGAAGAUCCGCAGCUCAGGGAGAAGAAGAUGGCUGGCAGGUCGGCCGUGGAGGAGACGGAGGCCCUCGCCAGCAGAAAUUUGUAUAUGGGCUCCCCGCAGAAGUAUUAUCUGUACAACAAGAAUAUGCUCGUCGCGCUGCAGGAGAGGCUCAUGCUGAUUAGGAAGCUCCUCAAGAGGUACUGCGGGGUGGGGAAGUGGUGA